CAGGGAAACGUCGGCGGCAGCGGCAUUGGCAGCGGUUUUUCAUAAAUAAAUGUUUGAGUUAUGUAGAAAAACAUUUUGGGCGAGAAGAUUUUCGUUUUCGUUGCGAUUCAGUUAACAUUUGGCCAGCGGAUUCCGCCUUCAACGGACACGACGACGGACGCGCGCUUCCAUCUUUCCACAACUUUCCACUCCACUGCUGGCCAUAUGUACAGUUAUUCGGAGAACAGUGAACGGUUAACGGUGAAGGAUAACGGUAGCGGAAGCGAAAACGAAAACUACAAAUUCCAAAUUAAAUGCCAAAGCAAAUGCCAAGUGAAGCUGGUGAAGCGCCAAAAAGAACACAGUUCCUGAGCAAAAUAUUCAAACCAAAAAUAAAACAGUGUUGCGUCCUCUAAACUAAGUAAAUCCAGUAACUUUAACAGACUACAGUGAUCAUUCGCAAUAAUGCACACCAGCUCGGACCCAAUGCACACUCUACACGACAGUGUCUCCCUUUCGCCGCCGCUUCUGAAGAGCUCAAGAGGCGGCUCCUCCGGCGGAAGCGGAAUGGGAUGCAGUGCAUCCUCGCGAGCCGCCGCCGUAGACGCAAUGUCCAUGGGUUGUGACGACAGUGACAUUGAGCCGUCGGCCGUCGGCGGAAGUGGUUCCGUCGGCGGCGGAGAUGGAUCCGGCUCGAGCGGAGGACCACUGGUGAAGCCACCGUACUCCUACAUAGCCCUCAUCACCAUGGCCAUUCUGCAGUCGCCGCACAAAAAGCUCACACUCAGCGGGAUUUGUGACUUCAUCAUGUCGCGCUUUCCGUACUACAAGGACAAGUUCCCCGCCUGGCAGAACUCGAUCAGGCACAAUCUCAGUCUGAACGACUGCUUCAUAAAGGUGCCCCGUGAGCCGGGAAAUCCGGGUAAGGGUAACUUCUGGACGCUGGACCCGCUGGCGGAGGACAUGUUCGACAACGGUAGCUUCCUGCGACGCCGGAAGCGAUACAAACGAGCUCCCACCAUGCAGCGGUUCUCCUUUCCGGCGGUUUUCGGCACACUGUCUCCGUUCUGGAUCCGAAAACCCGUGCCCCUCGUCCCUGUGCACUUCAAUGUGCCCAACUUCAACGGGAGCAGGGACUUCGAUGUGGUCCACAAUCCGGCGGAUGUGUUUGAUUCCGCACUGCGGGCGGACAAGAAGUUUAACUUCUUUGCAAAUGCAGAGGCUUCGUUUUACCAGGGAAGUCAGUCGGGUGACAAGUUCGACCGGUUGCCCUUCAUCAACAGAGGUCGUGGAGUGGAUGCUUUGGAUGUAGUGCCACACAGCAGUGGUUCCGGCGGAGGAGGAGGAGGAGCAGGUGGUGGCUCCGAAGGCAGUCGAGCCACCAAGUACAAGAGUCCCUACGCCUUCGAUGUGGCGACUGUGGCCAGUGCUGCGGGACUUUCCAGCCACCGGGAUUACGUGGAUCGCAUGGCGGCUGGUGGUUACAUGGAUCUCAAUGUUUAUAACGAUGAUGCGGACACAGAGGCAGAUGCGGAAGCCGAGGGAGAUGAGGACUCCUGUGAGGAUAAGAUCGAUGUGGAGAGCGGCAAUGAGCAGGAGGACUCACACAUCUCGGAUUCGGUGGACAGCGCCUGUACAAAUCGCUUGGAUGCGCCUCCUGAUGCACUGAUCUUCGAGCAUGCGGAGGCCUCCCAAAGCUCGCCACCGGCAAUUGGCUCCAGCCCAAGGACACGCUUCGAUAGUGAGCCCUUGGUCCUGAGGACCAGCAAACAGAGCAGCGCCAAGGACUUCCGCAUCGAGACGCUAAUUGGUCAUCAUCUGCAUCGAGGAGCAAGUCAAGAGGAGGCGAGCGAUUAAAUGAGAUUUCAACAAUCCGUUAAGAGCUUUCUCCCAAAUAAAAACCGAUUGGCUUGUGUACAGUCCAUUGAACGGUGAUUUCAGUUUCGAUCUAAGCACGUUUUAACACUCCACCCCCACUUCCCCCCAAAGAAGCCACCAAUCCGAGCAGCAAGUAGUGAUCAGUAGGUGUAUCUGUAGGAUGUAGGAGCCAGCACACGAGUUUUUAAAUGCGACCAAAUCAAAGCCAACGCUAUAGUUGCCAGUCCACUUACGUACGUACUAUAUAUCAGCGCGUAUUUCAAUGUAAAUCAGAUGCAUUGCACAUUUAUAGCAUACUUUUAACGCGAACUCUAGAGAUCUAGAUCCUAGACCUAUAUCUACCAUACAAGUACUAUGCAUGUGUAAGUGUGCGUGUGUGAGCGUGUAACUGUAACACAUCCAAGCAAGUGGAACACUAUUAACUAUAAAUUAGUCUAAGAAUUUUGCUGAUGUUAUUGAAAAUU